GUUAACUAACUCCAGAAGGUGGCAGAAGUGCACCAUUUGGGAUGCAAGCUGCUGUUAAACCCCAAAGAAGAAGAAAGAGAAGAAAAAUCUAUCUUUCUCGCUUUCUCUAACGUUACAAACAGCCGGCUUAACAUUAUGGCUGAGUUUGUAGUUUUUUCCCCUUCUCAAUAGGCUUAAAUCUUACGGAUAUUUGACUGGAUAUGGCCUUAGUUUGGUGUGUUAUAUCAGCACAAAAGUUCGUCUUUCCGGGCUUCUUGGUUGGCUAACGUUAGUCAACGUAAGGUUAGCUAGCGCUAACUUCGCUAGCGUGUGUUAUCGUAAGCUAAUGGAGUAAAGUAACGCUAACGCUAACUGUUUGAUAUACAGUUUUUCUUUCAACGGACUGUGUUUGUUCACGUGUUUUCAUUUUAGCUAUUUAAGUGUCAUUUGGUAACGCAAAAUACAGAACCAACUUAACGUUGUUUCUAAGCUAGCUAAACGCUUAGCGUUAGCUUUAGCUCGGUAGCUUUAGCUAGCACCACUCCUGGGUUGAGUCCUGCUUGCUUCGUUUCAAACAGCCAGCGUGCGUCACCUGCUGCCAAAAUGAUGGACUUUGAUAAUAUAUUGGAUAUCGCCUCGCAAAACCAAGGCGUCAGCAGUGUACAGCAGAAGAGAUAUAGUUUACAAACUGGACCCCCCAAGAAGGACCCGAGGUCGAAAGGUGUAAGUUCUUCUGCUGUGCAGGCGCUUUUGAAGAAGCAGAAGAUUGAUAGCAAAAAGAAAGAAAUUCUAAUGAAGAAACAGAAGGAGGAACUAUUAGCAAAGAGGGUUGAGUUGAAGUCGGACCGUAAAGCACGAGCCAUGGCUUCCAGAACUAAGGACAAUUUCAGAGGCUACAAUGGCAUCCCAGUGGUAGAGCUUCCUAAGAAGAGAAGAUCGAAACAUGAAAUGCAGGAAGAAAGAUCGAUGGAGGAAAGAUUUAGGAAUAACUCAAUUGAUCCAGAGGAUGAUGAGGAUAAUUAUGAGUAUGAACAGACAGAUUCAGAGCCGGAGCAGGAACCAGAACCGCUGAGACACAGGAAAACCAUAGGUUCUUCUGGGAAUAGUAGUAGUAGUAGUAGCAACAGCAGCAAGCCCUCAUCUAAAAAACCUAGUGGGCCACCUAAGCCUGCUCCACCACCCAUGAACUUUGCAGAGUUACUCAAAUUGGCAGAGAAGAAGCAGUUUGAGCCAGUUGAGGUGAAAGCCAAGGUAGUGAAAAAUAAUGAAAGGCUCAGAACAGCUGAAGAGAUAAGGGAACUGGAGAUGGAGCGCAAGGCUAAAAGACUGGACAGAGAUUUAAAGGCAGAGAAAGAGAGAGACAGCAAGUCUCAGUCUAGCUCUGGUUCAAUUAAAAAAAACACUUUCGAGAAGGAGCAGAAGAACUGCAAACCACAAAAGAACUCUUUAGAAAAGCAGAGUCUUCCGAGUGGGUCAGGGAAGAAGUUGCGUCCAACACCGACCAGCGACAAAGGCCAGUCUUCUUCCAAGCCCUCUGUUAGUGACAGAGAAAGAGAGAGACCCAAGAUGUCUCACAGCGAUAGAGACAGAUCCAGGACAAGCUUGUCUGGCUCAUCUGGUGCAACCAACAGUAAAGUUCCUUCAAAAGCCACGUCUUCUCAGGUUUCAGCCAAACAAGGGGGCCUCAAGCCCUCGUCGAGUCACAAAUCCAGCACCUCAAGUGACCUUAUCCUCAAAAAAGAAAGCUCAUCAAGAGCCUCAGGUGUUCCUGGGACAAGGGCUCCUGGAACAGCUGCAACAGGCCAACGAGCUCAACAUGGUAGCUCCCAACAAACCAGGCCCAGUCAGGGUAGCUCAUUGAAGCAGGGACCUAUAGUCGGCGGCUACAAGUCGGGAAAGGGAGAACAACUAAGGCCUGGAAAUAAUGCUGUUGUAAAACCAAGUGGUAAUUCAGUGAUGAGACCAUCAUCGGGCGGCCCUCCUAAAGCCGGGACCCAACCUCAGUCAAGACCUGGAGGCACGCUCCAAGCUAGAGGGGGUGGUGUACCACAGGCCAGGCCUGGUGGGAGUGGCCAACAGGGUCAGCCUCGAGGUGGUGGACCUCGACCUCCAGGGAUUGGACCUGGUCGGCCUGGUAGUGCAGGACCUGGACCUGGUCGGCCUGGUAGUGCAGGACCAGUACCUGGACGACCAACUGGCAGUAUGGGAUCAGGACCUGGAAAACCCAAGUGCACUGUGGUGUCAGAGACCAUUUCAUCCAAGAAUUUUGGUGGACCCAGACCAGGAGUCCCUCCUCGGCCGGGCGGGCCACCGAGACCAGGGAUGCCGCAGAGACCAGGGAUGCCGCAGAGACCAGGGAUGCCGCAGAGACCUAUGAUGAACAGACCACCAGGUACAAUGUUGGGACCUAUCACCUCUGCGUACAAGAGGAAAUACGAGGAUGAGGAGGAUGAGGAUGACCCAGAAAUGGACGAUUUUAUUGAUGAUGGAGAUGACGGGCAAGAUGACAUCUCCAGGCACAUUAAGGAAAUCUUCGGCUACGAUCGUAACAAGUACAAGGAUGAAAGUGACUAUGCGCUUAAAUUCAUGGAGAGCAGCUGGAAAGAUUUGCAAAAAGAGGAGGCCAGGAGCCUGCGAUUGGCUGUACAGGAAGAUCUGGAGGAGGAGAAAAGGGAGCAAGAAGAGCUGAAAAAGCAAGAUGCCAAGAGGAAAAGAAAGAACUGAAGCCACUUUGUCUUUGAGAUGGGGGGGAAAAAACCCAGUGUCCUGUAAUCCGGGACGGGGUCUGCCAUGAAGCCCAGUGACUGUGUCCACCUCUGUUGCGUUCUCUCUGCAUCUCUCCUUAUGUUGGGACAAAAACUGGAGGGACACACGACAGAGAAUGUUAGUCAAAGACAACCUUAAAAAAGACAAAAUAUGCAUAAAUCCUUAAGGCAUUAUUUAUUUGCAAGGUUUUCUUAAAAAGGAACUGAGUUGGGAAGAGGACUAUACAUAUGGAGGAGUGUGAAUUAAUAUUUUCUUUUUUAUAAGACUAGCAAUGGCAAGUGUUGAUAAAAUGCAUUUUCAGCAGAAGUUGUUGCCUAUUUCUAAUUUUGCAAAGUCAAUUGAAUAAGCAGAAAACAUUACCACUUGAUGUGUUGUGUUUCUCUUUGAAGGGAGUUGGAGAGAAAUUAUUGCUUAAAGGCUUUUAUUUAAUU